UAUUAUUUUGCAGCAUUCUCAUCUGAAACAUGGAAGAAGAUUUUACUUUUUGGCAGUCCAGCAUUGAUUUCAGCCCUAGCAGGUGUCUACUAUUAUUAUAAGCCGACCGAGGAAUCUCCUCUACUUUCAGCUAUUAAUCAGAAAAAUAGAGGAAAUAAAUUUUUCAAAUUGGGUCGCUAUGAUAAGGCUAUUGAAUGUUAUACUCUUGCCCUUGAACAAUGUCCUCUUGAUUCUAUCACUGAUCGGGCCACGUUCUACCAAAAUCGAGCUGCUGCUCGAGAGAACUUGGGAGAAUUUGAAAAUGCCAUCGCAGAUUGCAACUCAUCUCUCGAUUUAAAUCCUACAUACAUUAAGGCUCUCAAUAGGCGGUCACGUCUUCUAGAAAGGACUGGAAAUUUGCAAGGAAGUUUACUAGAUAUCACUUUUAAUUUUUCUAAUAAUCAUAUCUCAUCACGUUUUUUUAAAUCGGUCUUUAUAUCAUUUGGUUGUCUGUUCUUACCGAUUACUGUAAUUAGUCCUGUUUUGUUUCCUAACUAUUUUUGGUUCCGUUGA